CAAUGAUGCUGACACAUUCUGAAUGUCUCCUGGGUGAUGCAAUCAGUAUUUAAACAAAUAAUUUCUGCCCAUCAAUCAUUCCUCUACUUCCUGCAAUGAAGCUCCCUGGAGGAGUCAUCAGAUUCUCAAUCUUGCUUGAAGACUGACAAGAUGUCCCUGUGGACUCCCAAACAUACUCCAGAGGGGGAGGGGUCCUGAACACCAAGAUUUUAAAAGCUCCAGUUUCAGAGCAAGAGUUGAAAACUCACACGUAAAGUUAUAGUAAUUUCAGGGUUCUGAAAAGACGCAGAACAUGAAGGUACUCAGAAGUCUGGCAGCAACAAUCUUGGCUCUUUUCCUGGUGUUUUUUUUCCUGGGAAACUCCAGCUGCGCUCCGCAGAGACCCUUGGAGAGAAGGAACUGGACUCCUCAAGCUAUGCUCUACCUGAAAGGGAGGGUCGCCGCUUCAUCUCCGACCAGAGCCGGAGGAAGGACCUCUCCGAUCGGCCACUGCCGGCAGAUACUCCUUCAGUCAAAUAAUUACCUUCUAUUUGGCCGAAAAGAAAGACGAAGCCCAAAUCCCCGACUACUACCUAUUCCAAAGGCAGCAACCAUCUUACUGGCAUCCCUUCAAAAAUCACCAGAAGAUGAAGAAAAAAACUUUGAUCAGACCAGAUUACUGGAAGAUAGUCUGCUUAACUGAAAUUCUUCUUCUCUGUUUUCCUUUUAUCCCAUCCCCAAGGAGGUGGGAGGAAGGCAAGAAGCAUGGCAGGAUGGGAAAUAGGAGAGUAUGACUCUCUAUAACUCAUCCAGGAGUGAUCAAUUAAGAAGAUAAAUUGGAUGACUGGGGAGAAGCCCUGUGACAGGAACACUUCAGUGUGGUUGCUGAGAAGAGACAGUCAUUGAGGUAGAAGGUUUGCCAAAGAUCUAGAGCUUGGAGCUCCCUUUGUGCUCUUUGGGAAUUACCUUGCAUUCAGUUUAGAAACAUGGAUCUAAAAGUUACUGGGAAAUAAGCAGAUGGAGACACACUCUGUUGUUUAUGUAUUGGAAGAAGGGAACAAGCCAGUUUUGUUAGAGGUAACUCAUUUUCCAUGACCAAACAGACGCAACAGAUUCAAGUACUCCGCUUACUCUAAUUGACUAGGCUCUAGGUUUUAUUUGACAUCAUAGCAUUACAUAAAUCACUCUGAUAACAUAAGUGCACAGUAAUAUACCUGAUCUUCUCCUUUUUAAAAGCCAACUUGAGUUCAGUACUAUCUGAAUACACCCACGCGCACAUACACACACACACAUACACACAUACUCCUGUGGCAAACAUAAUAACGUAUUUAUUUAGAAUUAUAAUAUGACCGUCAUGUUAAUUUUUUUUUUACCUAAUCAGAGUUGUUAUUGACAAAUGUCAUAAGUGGAAAGCAUUGUUAAUUCUUAUUGUCAUCAGUAUUUACCAUUAUUUAGUAGCUCAAGGAUAUCUUUAUGUGAAUGUCUCUGUAACUUGGAAUUGCAAUUUAACUGUGUUAAGUCAUCAGAACUCUGCUUAUAAGAUUUAUCUGUAUCUUGUUUCAUGAUUUAAUAAUGAAACUAAAUUCAAGUUAAUGUAAUGUUGAUCUGUCAAAAAAUAACUUGUGAGCAUUAAAAUAUCUGUAUGGCAUUAUAAUAGGCACCUGUCAUUUAUGACUUGAUUUGAAAGUAGACUUACUAGGCAGUGCUUAUAUCCGAGUUAUUGAAAAUUGUUUCCGAAAUCAUUGUUUUUUAUUUAUACAGAGUCCUAACCACUUCACCAUUAGGAGGGGUGGCACAUUAAAAAUUAUUUACCCAUCAGACAUAAACUUGUACAUAUUGACGAUUGAAAUAGUAUGUGUAUUCAAAGAACACUUUUAACAUCUAUCUUAUGAAAUAAUUCUUCCCACAACUAACCAGAACAAUCUCAAAAAUGUCAUACUAAUCAUUGUUUUAAAAGCUGUCUCGAUGAUCAAUAGCUCUUAAAAUAUAGCUCCAAGUAUUCUAAGUACUCAAAUUCCUUGAAUGUUCUUAGGUACAAAUACACUGAUUAACUAAAAAGUCCCUCUUC